CCACUUCCUGGUACAUAAAGAGGGCAUAAAAUGGACGGAAAGAUUAAACUGCUCACAGUAGAAGAAGUCGCCCAACACAACAAGGAGGGCGACCUUUGGACCAUUAUAGAUGCCAAAUUCCAUCCAGGCGGGAAAGCCGUUCUGCUUGACGAUGAAGUCCGAGGAAAAGAUUGUACUGAACUCUUCUACUCGCUUCACCGCUCGGAGGUGUUAUUGCGGCCUCAGUACGCUCGUCUUCAAAUUGGGACCAUCGUCGGAGAGGAGGAACGUUUCAAACCCCUCCCACCUGGUUCCCUCAGUCCGGUCCCUUAUGGAGAGCCUGCAUGGCUGACACGGCCCUUCAAGUCCCCAUAUUACAAAGAGAGUCACUAUAGACUGCACAAGGAAUUCAGGAAAAUAUGCGAUGAGCUAAUUAUUCCAGAAGCUAAACGGUGUGAGGAGACAGGGGAUCGUAUAUCCCAGAAGCUUGGCCCGGGCCCUCAUCUCAAAGGUCUGAAGCUCCUCGCAGGCCUCCUACUCGGUCAAGAAUCAGCCCGAGCUGGGCAACGAGGAUUUAUCGAUGGCUUCCUCGCAGGGGCAUACAUCGGUUCAAAGGUAGUUGCGCUGGCUAUUUCGGAGGCGUUUGCGGGGAGCGACGUUUCUGGAUUGAGAUGUACUGCUCGGAAAAGCGAGGAUGGAAAGUGGUGGAUUGUGAAUGGAACGAAAAAGUGGAUUACGAAUGGGACGUUUGCAGACUAUUUCACCACAGCUUGCCGAACCAGUAAGCACGGUCUUACAAUGAUCGUCAUACCUCGUGGUCCAGGGGUGGAAACCAAACCUAUCAAAACUUCGUAUUCCUCAACGGCGGGAACGGCCUUCGUAUCGUUCGACGAUGUACGCGUGCCUGUUUCGCAUACCCUCGGAGAAGUGGAUAAAGGUCUCAAAGUCAUUUUGAGUAACUUUAACCAUGAGCGUUGGGGGAUGGUCGUCAACACUGUACAACUAAUGCGCAAUAUUGUGGACGAGACUCUGAGGUAGAUAUGGUUCCUCGCGGUGGGGGGUAACAGUACUAACAGUUGAUCCGAUUGCACG